AUGGGCAAGUACAUGAUCCGCGUCGCCACCAGGGACUCGCUCUUGACGGGCUCCACCAACCUGGUGCAGCUGUGGCUAGUGGGCGAGCAUCGGGAGGCGGACCUUGGGAAGCUGCUGCGGCCAUUGCCGGGAAGGAAAACCGACUGGGAGAUCGACGUUCUCUUACACCUGGGGCGCCUCCUGCUGGUGAAGCUGCGCAAGCACAAAGGCCUGUUGAAUUCUGACUAGUUCUGCAAGUGGAUCACGGUGCAGGACCCUGGGACCCAAGGUGAGGUCUGUUUCCCUUGCUGCAGCUGGAUCCAGGACGAUGGGAUUCACUGUCUACCCGACACAGCCUGGUCCGUGAGUGAUGACCCCCAGAAUCUGUUUAAGAAAUAUCGGGAACAGGAACUGGAGGACAGAAGGAAGGUUUACCUGUGGGGCUCCUGGAAGGAUGGAUUAAUCCUGCCAGUAGCAGGAAAGAUGCAGUGGGACCUUCCCAGAAAUGAGCGAUUCCUAGAGGAUAAGGAUUUGGAUUUCACCCUCUCUCUGACAAAAGAGUUGAAGGACUUGGCCAGUAAGGGGAUAUUGGAUCUUGCAAAUUGUGUCCAAAGACUGGAAGAUUAAAAAAUAUUCCCACAUGGAAAGACUGCCCUGGCUGUUCGGGUCUGUGAUUCCUGGAAGGAUGAGGACCUCUUUGGGUACCAGUUCCUCAAUGGCACAAACCCCAUGCUUCUGAGGCAUUCUACAAGCCUCCCACCCCGGCUGGUGCUGCCUCCAGGGAUGGAAGAUUUGCAAACCCAACUGGACAAGGAGCAUCAGACUGGAUCUCUGUUUGAAGUUGAUUAUUCCCUGCUGGAUGGGGUCAAGCCAAAUGUCAUUAUUUUUAAGCAACAAUAUGUGGCAGCCCCUUCAGUUAUGCUGAAGCUCCAGCCUGAUGGAAGACUCUUACCGGUGGUUAUCCAGCUCCAGCCACCUCGACAUGGAUGCCCUCCACCUCUGCUCUUCCUGCCCUCAGAUCCUCCUAGGGCCUGGCUCCUAGCCAAGACAUGGGUCCAUAGCUCUGAUUUCCAGUUAUAGUCACACCUGCUAAGGGGACAUCUGAUGGCUGAGAUUAUUUCUGUGGCCACAAAGAGGAGCUUGCCCAGUCUGCAUCCUAUCUACAAGCUCCUGAUUCCCCACUUUCACUAUACCAUGGAGAUCAACAUCCUGGCUCGAAAUAAUCUUGUCUCUGAAUAUGGAAUUUUUGAUCUGGUGCUGAGUACAGGUAGUGGAGGCCAUGUGGACAUUCUCUGGAGAGCCAUAGCUUGUUUGACUUACCGUUCCUUCUGCCCUCCUCAUGACCUGGCUGACCGUGGGCUGCUGGGUGUGAAAUCAUCUCUCUAUGGCCAAGAUGCCCUCAGGCUGUGGGAUAUCAUCAGUAGGUAUGUGCAAGGGAUGGUGAGACUCUUCUACAAGAGUGAUGAAGCUGUGAAGCAUGAUUCAGAGCUGCAGGCCUGGUGCAGAGAGAUCACUGAAACUGGACUCCAGGGGGCCCAGGAUUGGGGGUUUCCCCUCUCCUUGGAUUUCCAGGCUCAACUCUGCCAGAUUGUUACUAUGUGUAUCUUCACAUGCACUGGUCAGCAUGCUUCUGCCCACCUUGGGCAGUUAACCUGUCUAGACUGGUACUCCUGGAUCCCUAAUGGCCCAUGUACCAUGCGGAAACCUCCAUCCAUCUCCAAGGAUGUGACAGAGAUGGAUAUAGUGGACUCACUCCCUGAUCUCCAUCAGGCCCAUAUGCAGAAGACUUUCAUCAAGUUCCUUGGCAGACGUCAGCCUGUCAUGGUGGCCCUGGGGCAGCAUAGGGAGAAAUAUUUCUCAGGCCCUGGACCUCAGGCUGUGCUGAAGCAAUUCCAGGAGGAGCUGGCUGUCAUGGACAGGGAAAUUAAGGUCCGGAAUGCAGGCCUGGACCUUCCCUAUGAAUACCUUCAACCCAGCAUGGUGGAAAACAGUGUGACCAUCUGA